UUCAGACUGAGAUCCUCAGAAGAUCCAGAAUGAAGAUCCAGAUGUUUCUGUGUUUUCUGGGACUGAGUUUUCACGGCGCUGCUGCAGUGAGUCAUUCUCUGAAGAUUUUAUUCAUUGGUCCCUUUCCAGUCCAGAACCUCCCAGGGUUCAUAAUUCUUGUUUUGGUUGAUGAUGUUCUGAUGACUUACUAUGACAGCAACAUAACAACAAUGGUUCCUAGACAGGACUGGUUGAAGGAGGUAGUAGAUGAAGAGUUCUGGAAAAGUUACACUAAAAUCAGUCUGUAUGCCCAGCAGACCUUCAUUGGCGACAUAGAAAGAGCAAAGCAACUUUACAACCAAACUGAAGGUGUUCUUGUGGUGCAGUUGAUGUGUGGAUGUGAGUGGGAUGAAGAAACUGGAGAGGUCAAAGGUUAUAGUCAACUAGGUUAUGAUGGAGAAGACUUCCUUUCUUUUGACCUGAAGACAGAAUCAUGGACUGCUGCAAACCAGUUUGCUGAAAUCAUGAAACAUCAGUGGGACAAUAACAAACCUUUCAAUGCAGGAUGGAAAAACGACCUAGAUGAGAUUUUUCCUAAAUGGCUGAAGGAAUUUGUGAACUUAGGAAGGAGAUUUCUGAUGAGAACAGUUCUUCCAUCAGUGUCUCUCCUCCAGAAGUCCUCCUCCUCUCCAGUCAGCUGUCAUGCUACAGGUUUCUAUCCGGACAGAGCCGACCUGUUCUGGAGGAGAGAUGGAGAGGAGAUCCAUGAAGGAGUAAAGAAAGGACAGAUCCUCCCCAACAAUGAUGGAACUUUCCAGAUGAGCGUUGAUCUCCAACUUCCACCAGAAGCAGAAACGCAUAGAUAUGAAUGUGUGUUUCAGCUCUCUGGAGUCAAAGAAGACGUCAUCACUGAACUGGAGAAAGAACAGAUCAAUACCAAUGAAGGUUUGAAGCCUCCCAGUUGGAAGAUCAUCACUGGUGUUGUUGUUGCUGUUGUUGUUGAUGUUGUCGCUGUGGUUGCAAUCAUUGUUUACUAUAGAAAGAAGGGUCAGAGUCCCAGAUCCAGAACAGAAGUAGAACUAACUCAAAUGUCUGCUUAGUUACAUUUAUCUCAAGUUAUCUUUACCCCAGAUGCAGUUUAACUAAAUUGAAAGUAUGAUUUA